AUGGUCAAUACGGGGGGAAGACAGGGACAGGAGGGGAACACAGUGGGUCCCGGGGACAGGACAGGAGGGGAACACAGUGGGUCCCGGGGACAGGACAGGAGGGGAACACAGUGGUUCCCGGGGACAGGACAGGAGGGGAACACAGUGGUUCCCGGGGACAGGACAGGAGGGGAACACACAGUGGUUCAGGAGGGGAACACAGUGGACAGGAGGGGAACACAGGACAGGGGAACACAGUGGGUCCCGGGGACAGGACAGGAGGGGAACACAGUGGGUCCCGGGACAGGACACUCGGGACAGGACAGGAGGGGAACACAGUGGGUCCCAGGGGACAGGACAGGAGGGAACACAGUGGUUCCCGGGACAGGACAGGAGGGGAACACAGUGGUUCCCGGGGACAGGACAGGAGGGGAACACAGUGGUUCCCGGGGACAGGACAGGAGGGGAACACAGUGGUUCCCGGGGACAGGACAGGAGGGGAACACAGUGGGUCCCGGGACAGGACAGGAGGGGAACACAGUGGGUCCCGGGGACAGGACAGGAGGGGAACACAGUGGUUCCCGGGGGACAGGACAGGAGGGGGAACACAGUGGGUCCCGGGGACAGGACAGGAGGGAACACAGUGGGUCCCGGGACAGGACAGGAGGAGGAACACAGUGGUUCCCGGGGGACAGGACAGGAGGGGAACACAGUGGUUCCCAGGGGGACAGUUCCCCGGGACAGGACAGGAGGGAACACAGUGGGUCCCGGGGACAGGACAGGAGGGGGGAACACAGUGGUUCCCCGGGACAGGAGGGGGAACACAGUGGGUCCCCAGGGGACAGGACAGGAGGGGAACACAGUGGUUCCCGGGGACAGGACAGGAGUGGGGGGAACACAGUGGGUCCCAGGGGGACAGGGGAGGGGAACACAGUGGUUCCCGGGGGGACAGGACAGGAGGGGAACACAGUGGUUCCCAGGACAGUGGGGGAAGGACAGUGGUUCCCAGUGGGGGACAGGAGGGGGGGAACACACACAGGAGGGGAACACAGUGGUUCCCGGGGGACAGGAGGGGAACACAGUGGGUCCCAGGGGAGGGGGACAGGAGGGGGAACACAGUGGUUCCCGGGGACAGGACAGGAGGGGAACACGGUGGUUCCCGGGGACAGGACAGGAGGGGAACACGGUGGUUCCCGGGGACAGGACAGGAGGGGAACACAGUGGUUCCCGGGGACAGGACAGGAGGGGAACACAGUGGGUCCCGGGAACAGGACAGGAGGGGAACACAGUGGGUCCCGGGAACAGGACAGACAAGAAAGAUGGGCGAGGACAGGAUGGGGAGAGAAAGAUGGGCGGGAUCAGGACGGGGAAGAGUGA